AAAGUUUGACAGCCAGGGAGAGCAGCGGACGGCUGGGGAAGGCUAUCACAGUAAACAUACGUGACCUGAAAUUGGACGUUUGGGAGGUUUUUACCCUUGUGCUAUUUGGGUUUUUUUUUUUUUAACGUAAAUAACUUACGUAACAAUUGUCAUAAUCAAGUAGCCUCGCACGGCAAGAAACCUUUCUCCGCACAAGCUAUGUUUUUUUGACAGGCAAAGAGUGAUGGUAAUGAGGAUCAUUAUGAGGAUCUGGACGAAGUUCGCAUCAUUAUGGUCAAUACUGGCCACGGUCGAAGUACAGUUGGACAGAGAGUAUCAUCCAAGAGAACCCAUUCAUGACCUCAAUGAUGUGUUGGAGAUCAUUCCAGGUUGUGAGGUCAUCAUCAGUUGCUCUGGCGAUGUUUCUGUUAAUGGAGUACAAAGAUCCAACUACAGACAGAUCACCGGCAAAGAUAAGCUGCUAUUGCCCAAUCAGGGGUCAGAUACUGUGGACCCUCUGAAGACUAAUCACUUAGAGGGAGACCCCUUCAUUUCACGCGAGGUGACUGGGACUGCUGAUGAGGCUGGACUUGAUUGGUCUGAAAUGGAUUAUGGGAGUUGGUGGACGUUGGAUGGCCAACCAGUAGAAGGCAUCACAGGAAUGAGUGAGGAUUUGAAACUACCAAGCUUUGGACUGGCUGAUGCGGGUAACUACAGCUGCUAUAGAGCUGGAAGACUGAUGAGCACUGUGAGAAUCAACCUUGGGAGCAAAGACGCUCCUGAGAGACCCACUCUUACUUGCAGGAGGAAAGCCCCCGAGAAGAAAAUCAGAUGCGACUGGAAGGCAACUCAACCAGUGACCCCUGCACCUAAGUGCCACCUCAUCUUAAAGAAAGUGCAUAGCUCAGAGCAGUCUAAUGUCACUUGUCGAUAUUCGUCUAAACGUUCUCGGUGCAGAUGCCUGCUUGGACGUGAGCUCCCGUUUACAGAUUCGAGUUCUGAGUACUCUGCUACGCUGUUUGUCAUGAGCACCUCUGGCAGUAACACCAGUCGUCCGGUCCAAUUCACACCUAUAAACGUCUUAAAGCCAGACCCUCCUGACAGAGUGAACGUGAUGUCAGUUGACGGGAAAGAGCGGAUGCUGGACGUGUCCUGGUCUUAUCCCACUUCUUGGAAGUGGGACGACUUUUACUUUUUAGAGUUUGAGCUGAGAUACCGCCCCGUGCUUGGGGAAAUGUACCAGAUUGUAGAGAUUCGUAAGUAUUCGACACCAAUGCUUUCCGUGAGGAUUUCUGAUGCGUUGCCUGGUGUGCAGUAUGAGGUGCAGAUUAGGGCCCGAGAGGACCAUGGUGACGGCAGCUGGAGUGGCUGGUCCUCCCCCGUCUACACAUACACAUGGACAGCGCCUGUACCAACUGAAAACACUGAUACCAAUGAUAUCAGUGAGGAAGUGCCGUUUCUGAUGGUCCCAACUGGCAUCCCCCCUGGAACAGAUUCAGGUCUUGGCUUGAUGUGGAUCCACGUGGUGUCAAUAAUCGGCUGCUGUAUAGUGGGGAUCAUGUUCAUCCUGGUCUUUACACAAGUUAUCAGACACAGAACACAUUUUAGAUCAAAAAUGGAGAAGUCGUGUUUUGUCCCCCGAUCUCCUGGUCCUCCUCUUCAGCUUUCUACAUGUAAGACAAAAGCCCAGGACCUUCCUCCAAGUACCGCCCCCUCUCAAGAACCCCCACAUUACCACUCGUCAGCACACAGUGUCACCAAGAAGGAUGCCCACUUCAACAACAUGAGCUACUUCCUCAUUAAGAUGGAGCCGAGGUCUUAGGCCUCCACAGCUCAAUGGAUCAGUCGGAGAUGCAUCUCUGUGGUGCUGUCUAGCUACUGAGAGUAGAGACAGAUGCCUCAUGGAAAAUCCAGACAUGAUGGCCUGAGAAGAGGACAAACGGAAAUGCCACAUCACUGCCAGAGAGGCUCAUGGGAAAGAGCAGCCUGCGAGGAUCACAUUGUCACUGACAGCACAGUUUUCCUGAGGAUUUUACUGAAGAACAUUUAACUGAACAUGUGGCCGCUUGGGCUUUUUUGUGUGUGUGUGUGUGUGUGUGUGUGUGUGUGUGUGUGUGUGUGUGUGUGUGUGUGUGUGUGUGUGUGAGUUUGUGUUUGUGUGAGUAUGCGUGUGAGUAUGUGUGUGCACGGAUUGUUGAGAAAUAUCCUAUCCUGCUGUCUGUACAGAAUGAUGUAAGGAAAAAGAGAGAGUUGUGUAUAUUUUUCUUUAAUGGACCCACAGUUAAAUAAAUAGUUUUAUAUAAAUUCAAAA